AUGGACCCACAACAGUCUCUUCCUCACCAGAGGAACUCUCACAACCCUCAUCUGCUGGCCCUUGUGCCGCCCACCUCCAAUCCUCUAUCUCUGAGGUCUUCCGCUAGCACGCCAAUGACCUCACCGGGGCUUUUCAGUCCCUCAAACCCGCGUCCGAAAAUGACCUUUCCGAUUCACGCCUCGUCCGACUCCAACACCCCCAACGUCGAGACGAGCAGUCCCUAUCUUCACCCACUUCAGAACCACAAAGUCAGAGAGACACACAAAGCCUUGAUUGACUCCGACAGCAUCACCGGCCGCAAACUCAUCAACCAGUACGAAGUCAUCGAAGAAAUUGGUAGGGGCGUGCACGGAAAGGUCAAGCUCGCCCGAAAUCUCAAUACGGGUGAAAAUGUGGCUAUCAAAAUCAUUCCGCGGUACUCCAAGAGACGCCGACUCGGCAAGGUCAUGGCCAUGUCUCCGCAGGAAAAGACGAUGAGAGAGAUUGCCAUCCUCAAGAAGAUGAGGCAUCCCAACGUCGUCUCGCUCCUGGAGAUCAUUGAUGAUCCGGAAUUGAAGAAGAUCUAUCUGAUUCUCGAGCACGUUGAGCUAGGCGAGGUUGUCUGGAGAAAGAAGGGACUACCACACAUCUGCCACCACGAGCGUCGUCGCAUCGAGAGAGAAUCCAGAGGCCAGCCGCUGACUCCAGAAGAGGAGCAAUACGAGAGGAUUAUGGAAGAGCGGUACAAGAUCCGGGAGCAAAAGAGGGAGAAGAUGUCCCGAGCCAACAUGAACACACACGAGCACUGGAGCAUCGAGCAUGGCCUUUCCGACGACGCCAGCUGUGGGUCGCAAUCCCGCGUUCCCUCGAGGGACGAUCUGGGCGCCCUGGACUUUUUCGGGGGCGAAGGAUCACAACCAAAUUCGCUGCAGGCAUCCCGGGCCACAUCUCGAGCGCCAUCGCGAUCCCAGUCUGUCAAGUCGAUACGCGAUGCCCUUCUCGAUCAGGAAGCUAUCGAUGACACCGAAGACAUCGAGACGCCAGGCCCGCUACAGACAAGCAACCCAGGCUCAGCCACCGCACUCGAUGGAACGAUGUAUGGUGCCUACAUGGAAGAUGCGGCCUUUCGCGGUCGCUCACCCAGCAUGGCUGAUUCCAUUAUUUCGCACAUGUCCUCGGUCGACUGGAACUCUCGGAUGCACGACCCAUUUGCUGAAGACUUUUCUUACGUUCCUUGCUUUACCAUUGAGCAGGCAAGAACUACUUUCCGAGACACUGUCUUAGGCUUGGAGUACCUGCACUACCAAGGUGUCGUACACAGGGAUAUCAAGCCUGCCAAUCUGUUGUGGACCAAAGACCACCGCGUCAAGAUCUCCGACUUUGGUGUGUCGUACUUUGGCCGCCCCAUCCGAGAAGGCGAGGCCGACGAUGAGACAGUCUCGGAAUCCGAAGCACAAGAUUUUGACGACGAUCUCGAGUUAGCCAAGACAGUUGGCACCCCGGCGUUCUUUGCACCCGAACUGUGCUACACUGAUGCGGACCGCAUGGAACAACCGAAAAUCUCCGAGAUGAUCGAUAUUUGGUCACUUGGCGUAACACUCUACUGCCUCAUCUAUGGACGCAUUCCUUUCCAGGCCGAAGAUGAGUGGCAGAUGUUCCGGAAAAUUGCUACAGAGGAUGUCUUCAUCCCCAAGAAACGCCUCAAGGCAGUGGACCCUUCUACCCCUCCCAACUCCGAAUCUCUCUUCAAGCGGCAUAAUGUGCCCCCUUACAGAGACGACAACGAACUCGCCUACGAAAAUAUCGACCCUCUUUUGCAGGACCUCUUGCGUACCAUGUUUGCUAAAAACCCGGACAAGCGGAUCCGGCUAAAAGACAUCAAAACCCACGCUUGGGUUGCGAAUGGCAUUCCAGAUUUGGAGGUGUGGUUGAGGGAAACUGACCCAGCCAAGAAUACGGGCAAGCGGGUCCAGGUCAACGACAGGGAGGCAGCCCGUGCCGUCGUGCCUAUCGCCUUCCUGGAACGCGCACGAUCUACUGUGAAGAAGGCAGUUGGAAAGUUGAUGCACCCUUUAGGGGAUCGAAGCGAUAGCCGUUCAAGGCGGAGGGCUGCUAGCAGUGCUGCUAGCUCGGCUGGAGACAGCAUGUUCAAUGUGCCGCCUACGCCACACUCGAGAGAAGCACGCAGAAAGAGUCUCAAGGGCGAAGACUAUUUCUCAAACGUCAAAGACUUUGCGUUUGGCGGCUCUGACCAUCCUCUUGUUCACAGCGAGACUGUUUCUCCCUACGAGUCUCCCUACGACCCUCUCGCUACGGCUAUCGCUCAACCCGUCAAGGGCCAAGGGGCUGCCCUUUUACAUGCCAUCCAGAAUAGCUACAACGAAUCGAGGACAAACAGUGGUACCGCGUCGCCAUCGGAUCAGUCAACGAUACCUGGGACAGCGUCGUUCUACAAACCUUUUCACAGAUAUUCCCAAAGUCCGUCGAAUGGUAACAGCUUUUUGACGUUGACCGCCGGACUACCUGAAGUCAGGACACAACCUCCAACGUCUUUCGCCGGCGAUACUACACUGGACGAUCCAUCCAAGGAAAUGCGGCAAACACGUGGAUACGACGCCUUGACAGAGGAAGCUCUGCGUGCACGCUCAGCCGAGCGUGGCGUAUUCAAAGACCAAGACAAGCGCGCUCCAGCACAAGUGAGUGUCACCACGGCGAGUGUGCCCGGCACCCUUCACAGGAUGCCCAGCCUUCCCGGCAAGCCUCGAGCUAUGCGAUCGGUGGACUUGGGUAAGGCGAAGCAGGCUACCAGUGGCCUAGCUUCACCGUUGUUCUUCUCGCCUCGGUCUGUCACUGGCUACCAGCACGGUCAACCCCAAUCGGACUCCAAUAUCUACGAGAACCAACGACUCACGGCCGAUCUAGAAGAGAGACCACAGACAGCACACAGGAUCGAAAAUGUGAGCAAUGUACCUGAGGCAAGGACGCCACCACCGCGGACAUACAAUACGUCGACUCCUGAGUCGUUCGCCCGAGCAAAAAGCGAGAUGCAGCGCAAGCAAAUCGCAGAAAGUCUUACCCUGCAAGCUCCGGACGACGUCAGGUCAGACAUUGCCGUGAUCGACCCAACCGAUGUGCCUUGCCCUCUGUCGCCCGGCGAUGAGUUGUUCGGCACGCCGCCACCUCCUUCCCGCGAGGGUACAAUGGAAACCGGGCAGUCCUCACGCUCCGCAUCCAUCGGUGGACUGGCCUCUCCUAUCACGAAUCCUAGCGAAGUCGCAAGUCCUGUCUCAUCUGUCAACCACCACACGAAAGAGGAAAUGCUCGCCUUCCAAUCCGAUCCUUCGCUUCCCGCCCUUCUUAGCGGGGCCAGUUCCGUUUCCGACGCUGAGCCUGUAGAGCUUGUCAUGGUCAACAAGCCCGGUUUACUCGAGACGACAGAUUCCGUGACACCUCCGGCCUACGUGAAAGAACCCAUGGCUGGAUUUCCACUGGAACAGUACGAGCAACAGGGGCGAUUCGAGGCACACAAUGCGUCAUUCAAUACAUCUCCGAUAACGCUUAGUAUCUCAUCCGGCCCGGUGUAUAGGAGCCCGCCACCCAUUCACCGCAGUCCAGACAUGCGUCCACAAGACGAAGAUGACGACAGUGAUAGUGACGAGGGUCUGGUGAUGGCGAAAACGAAGAAGAAACCUUCAACUAAUACUCACGUCGAACGCAUACCUUUUGGUGCGAGGCGACGCGACACGAACGCGAGCAUCGCCAGUACAGAGACGGCCAAGAAGGUCGUCAUUCACGGCGAAGAAGUCAUUACCUACGCCGACUGA